UCAACAUUUGUAGGUCAAAGUUUACUACUGUCAUGUCGCUUUAGAAACACUGACAUGUGUCUUUAACAAAUUGUUUUAUUUCUUAUAUAUCGAAACUCUCUAUACAUAGGAUGUUGUCCAUGCCGUUUAAAUCAAAAACGUAUGACUAAGUUCCACUUAAGCAUCAGCUAUAUUUGUAUGAACGGCGUUGUCGUGUUUGAGAGAAAUCCCGUGUUGGAUUGCUGCGGAGGGUUCAGUAACGUGGAUUACACCAAGGCCGACAUGUCUGUGCUAUUAGAGGUGAUGAAGCACAUCGACCUGAUGGAGCCUAGGUUCUGUGUGGCUGUCGUCGCCAUCAUCUUCAACCCGUUCUUCUGGAAUGUGGUGGCCCGGUGGGAACACAGGACACGGGGGCUGACGCGACUUUUUGGGAGCCCCUACCUGGCCUGCUACUGCCUGGGCGUGCUCAUUCUGCUACUCAACGUUUACCGCAGUCACAGCAUUACCGUGGCGAUGAAGGGCCAGCCUCGGUUGGAGCUGCUGGACGGGGUGCACAUGUACUACGUCGGGGCCUCUCUGAUGGCUGUGGGCUCCCUGCUGGUCGUGGCCAGCUUCCUGGCCCUAGGUUUCACUGGAACCUUCCUCGGGGACUACUUUGGAAUCCUAAUGGAAGAGAAGGUGACUGACUUCCCUUUUAACGUCAUGGACAACCCAAUGUACUGGGGCAGUACAGCCAACUACCUGGGCCUGGCCCUAAUGAAUGCCAGUCCUGUGGGAGUGCUCCUGACGGCUGUGGUGGCUCUGUCCUACCGAGUGGCUAUCGCAUAUGAAGGGCCAUUCACAGAGGAGAUCUACCGGAGAAGGAGCAAACGAUGCCAGCACAAAUAAGAGUGGAGGGGGUUUGCUUAGGGUUAUCCCUGGACAAACCCACCCUGCUCUGGCCCCUCCACCCACCAGAAGUACAUGGAGAGGACGAGGAGAUGGAGAUCACACGGUAACUCAUAUCAGCUCAUGGCUAAAGGUCAUCAGCAGCUCAUCUCCAGUUCUCGAGCAACGGUUUCUUCCUAAUGGUUCAGUCCUGUUAGACAAACUUUUUGUAAGUCCACUGACUCCUAUUCUGCUGUCAGUGGGUGCCUGGUAACCAUAAUGUUAUUCCUUUGUUUUUAGUUUAUCUCCCUAUAGAAAUAUUCCCUAAUAUUCCCUUUCAGCAUGUCAAUUAAAGCUACAUUUCAGACUAGAGAUAGCUGAAAGACCUUAUAAAAUAACAGCUACAGAAGGCACAGAGUAAUUGAACCUGCUAAAGCUGCAAGUGUAUGUAUAUAUUUGUACGUAAUUCCCAUAUCUGUUGCAAUAGUAUGACUAAAUAAAAACUACUCGGUUUACCAGUUGCAAAUAAUAAAUCAGCAUAUUAUUUCCCAAAAGUCAGAUGUGUGAAUUGCUGUGCUGUCAUUUUGACCUUAUAGAAGAUAAUGAGAUUUCUGUGAAGCCCGAAAUGUAAUGCUUAAAACAGUGUACCAAAAGUAUGACAUAGUCAUGCCUUUUUUCCCUUUCCCAAAAGCUAUAAACACCAUACCUCACUGUCAUGGCUCUGGCAGAGAGAGAGGUCAAGUAGAUAUAAAGAAUGGUAAACCAUGCACUAAACGGAGGGUACUGGGACAAAAUCUCUUAGUUCCCUCACAGCAAACAUGUUUGAUUCCAGUCGAUCAAUCAGAUGUUUGUAUAAUGAGGUAUGGGAUCAUUUCUCCCAGUAAUGGUCAUUUCCUAUUAGCUAAUCACAGUGGCAGACUAUUUGAAACACUAGUUUAAACUCAGCAACUGUACUAUAGAGGAGGAAUUGAUUAGAAUUCUCUGGUUCCAUUAUUGCAUUUACUAAGAUGAAUCGUGACAAGCUGCACAUGGUCCUUUCCUACAUACCAUAACUACAAGCCAAUAUAUUGGCUCUGGCACUUGUGAGUGUGAUUUGAAUGACUUAACUGACUCUGUAAAUUAAAUCAUCAGGAGCUCUUCAACAGAAAGUACCUUAUGGCAUGUAUAUAAGAGAAAUAAGGGCAUUUCACUUAAAACAUCAACUCAUCAGCCAAAUAAUAACUCAUCCUGACUGUAGCGGGUUAAAUUCUAAUGUUGAAAUGCUACUACAAAACAUGUAUUUCCUUCUUGGAUAAAAGUAAAGCACAUCAGAUUCAAGGUAUUAGACUACAAAUAUUGGAAGGAAAUAUUGAAGUGUAACUUAUGUUACACCUGUGGAAAUGCAUAUAAACCAAGCAUAGUGGUCACCUGUCCAGAGAAUGUGUAAGCUAAAGUGUUUGAAGAACACCACUCCAAUCUGCAAGAGCUAACCUCGCUGAAGUGGUCCUGGAUCUCACUCGCAUACUUAUAACACUAUAACAAUUUCCAGUGACUAUAAGUUCUCUAUAAGACAAGGCACCCUGAGGACUUAUUUUAUGUUCUAAUACAUAUUCAGUCAGUCAUGGCACAAGUGCAGGGCCAAAAUGUUUUCUAAAAGCAAAUAAAAUUAUUUUAACAUCUGUAAAUUACUCUGGAGGUCAAUGAAAAGAUAAUAGGAUAGAUAGAUGUACUGUUUGCUUUACCCAAUUCAGGUAAGUAGGAAAUUUUGCACCAGUUUUCCUCUCUCUCUUUCUUUUAGUGCAAAGUGCAUUACAGUAGUCUCACCAAGAAAUUCUACCUUAGUUACUAGGGAACUAUAGGACUGUGCUUCAGUACUUGACAAUUAAUUGCAUAGAGCACACUCGUGUUAUCCCUUCGCUUCUUAGUAUCGGAGAACAGGAGGACUGAAUGGGCUUGAGUGUCCUCUCUCUUGCCUGUUCAGACCUAUGUUGGUGGCUUGUAGAAUGGUUGCGAGGUUUUCACAUAGAAUAGGCUACACUUUUCCACAAAAAAAGUGCUAUUAUAUUGAAGUAGAGUUUUAUGUACAUGUCCAUAAGUAAGAAAGGAGCAACUGUGCUGAUGUCGCUGUGAUUAAACCGGUAGUUUAGGGAAGGCUCAGCUAGACUUCCUUCACGCUGACUGGCUGACAACUGGCUCAGUGUGUGCGCUCGUUUAUGCCUGGCCUUUCUUUAUUCACAGCUAUAACGCAUGCUUUGUGCGGUAGCUCUCGCCCUCUCUCUGUCUCCAGUUGAUGCCUCUCCUCUCCAACAUACCUCACUGCCAUUCCUUGCUUGCUAUCCCGCUCUCCCUUACGUGUACUCUUUCAACCAGCCUGUAUCUUUGGCUAUGAAAAAGCUGUUCCCACAUCCGUGACCUGCACUGUUCAGGCAGGUUGGCGGUGAGCUUGCCGCACAAACUUUACUGUGAAAUUGACUAGUGAAAUGACAUCGUCAUCUCUUAGGGUUCCCUCUAUAAUGAGGUAGUCUACGUGUUAUCAAACUAGAGGUUGCGUUAUUGUUUGCUUUUACAGAAGUAAUCUCUCCUAGGCGUACUUUAGCCUAUGUCUGUAAUUAGAGUUUAGUGAAAACCUUGUUUUAAUUAUGUAAUCUUAACAUAUGUCUUAUGAUGAAGUAAGCCCAAUGUGCAACGUGCUUUGGCUUAGGCCGAAACUACCAUUAUUUUCCCCUUCUUUAUACAUUGUGUAUGUAAGCAAUAUGUGAGGACACCUUGUAAUCCAUGAGAGUGUUUCUUUACUUGGGUGCAAUCUGCCACACUCAUAUUGACUUUUCCUGUGAAUACAAUGCAAGUUCUUAUUUGAUGGUUUUCCCCUGUAUGUCAUUAAAGCUCUAAUGCAUUGCC